AUGUUUGGGUCGGGGCUGAACCUAGUCAGCGCGGCGCUCGGCUUCGGGAUGACCGCAGCCUUCGCUGCGUUCGUCUGUGUGAGGUUCAUCUGCUGCCGCGAACGCCGCGGUGACACCCGUGCGUCGCCAUCGCCGGACCUCGUCGCGGAACUCGAUGGCCCGAUAGAGCACACUCGUUCUGGGUUGGAACCUUUGGUUAUUGCUGCAAUUCCUACUAUGAAGUAUAAUUGUGAGGCUUUCAGCUCUAAAGACGAUGUGCAGUGCUCAAUAUGUUUAGGCGAGUACAGGGAGAAAGAGAUUCUACGAAUCAUACCAACAUGCCACCACAGCUUUCACCUUGCCUGCUUAGAUUUAUGGUUGCAGAAGCAGACGACUUGCCCAAUAUGCCGGGUCUCACUGAAAGAGCUGCAGGCUGCCAUGCCAUCAGCACGCAGCAUCCAGCAACUCCCGGCCGAUCCAGAGAAUUCUGAUAACCCAGCACCUCAGUGUUUCCUACCUGCUCGUCAAGAUCACAGAGGUCAAAAUAAUAGCCAGGAGACACGCGGAUCAGUAGAAGUGGUUAUUGAAAUUCUACGGUGA